UCUAUUUACAAUUCUCCAAAAAAAAAAAAAAAAAACAUAAGACCAUGCAUGGCAUACUUGAUAUGCAGAUUAAGCUUAAAAUGUCAAGAUAUUAUACAUGCGUGUGUAGUAAUGAAUUUUGUAAGACAAACAGGGAAGGGGAAGAAGAAGUUAAGAAUUGCCCCAUAUACAUGUCAGUACUGGAAAGAAAAACAUUUGUCAGUGUUUAACAGUUGUAUUUAGUCAAAAGUGCAGCAAACCCUCACCAUGUGGAGCUUUACUUUUCUCUGGUCCUGCAUGCAUAUCGGUGAGUUCAGGACUGUUGAGUGUGACACUCUGAUUUUCCACUUACCUAAUAUUUUGCAAUCAGCAGACAGUAUUUCUUAAUAUGGUAAAUGUGAUAAUCCUGCCUAAUGCUGUUUUGUUUUCAGUUGUGGUUGUUGCUCAAAUUUAUGGACACAGAGGCGAGCGUCUUGCAAUCAGAUGCCCUUAUAAAUCUGGAUAUGAAACAAAUUCUAAGUAUUUGUGUAAAGGAGAGUGUAACUUUGGAAAUAAAAACAUCAUGGUUGAAUCUGGAUCUCCAGCUAAAGACAUGAGAUUCUCUCUGACUGACAACAAAACAUCCAGAGUUUUCACCGUCACCAUCACUGAUCUGAGAACAGAGGAUGAAGGACAAUACUGGUGUGUUGUGAAGAGGAAAUAUAUUACUGAUGUAUAUUCAGAGAUUUUGUUGCUGGUUAAACAGGAUGAGAGGAUAACUGAAGUUCCACCCAUCAGUCUGUUUUCAAUAACAAACACACGUGUUUCAUCAGGUCCUUUGACUCAUCAACCCCUGUUACUGCACACAUCUUCUGACUCAAGUGCAUUUGUCAUCAUCAUCACAGCAGGAGGUUUGGUGUUGCUCCUGAUCUGUGCUGCAUUUCUUAUUGUGGCCGUACGGAAGAAAAAGACAUGUGGUCUGGUUUCCUUCUCUGCUGAAGUGCUUCAAGUGCUGGGAAGCAGUGGGGAAGAAAAUGCUUACGAAACAGGAAACCCAGCUGUCAUCUCAAACUCACGCACAGCUCAAAGUCAUGACGGUUCUUCUUCAAACGAAUUUCACAGAGCUGCAACCGCAGAAGCAGUCGACACAGACUUCGAUUAUGCCAGUGCUGCUGCUGGAGUUCGAACUGGUGUGAAUCCAGAUCAGAUCUACACAGAACUGAACACUAGUAGACACAGUAACAUUUAUCAGAGUCUCAUAGCUGAUUCUCAAGAAGUGUCCGUCUAUUACAGUAUUGAUCAAAUGAUGGAAUGAACACAGAAGCCUCAUAUACAAACAAUAAAGCUAACAGAAUCUUUAAUAAUCGUUUAGGUGUAAUAAAUGUUAAAAAGUGUAAAUAUUUGUGUAAAUAUGGCAUUUUAUCCUUUGUAAACUUAAGAUACAAAUAUGCUGUAAAAAGUGAUGUUUAUUAUGGACCAAAAUAAAAAAUGACCAUAGUUUGA